AAAUGAAUUUCGACCAUGGACGGACAUCAAGCCGGUGAGAGCUAUUAAAGCAAAGUCCCAGUAUGAGCCUCCGGAUGAAAAAAUCUCCCACCAGACAAGCUACACCUCUCAGUUCACUGCCGAGGGAGCCAAGCCUGGCCCGGCGGAUAACAAAUUCCUGGAGCGCCGAAGGAUACGCAGCCUCUACAGCGAGCCGCAGAAAGAAUCUCCAAAGGUGGAGAAGCCGAGUCCUCAGCCUUCUAAGCCAAAAAAGACGACCACAAGCCAUAAAUCUCUGAAAAAGCCCAAAGAUAAGCAGACGGCAUCCAGCAGAGCAUCCAAGAAGAAGAGCGCAGAGGCAUCCAGCAGAACAACGACUGUUGAGGACAAGGAGAAAAGUAAAGAAAUUAACAAUAAGCUGGCCGAAGCUAAAGAGUAAUUCACUGCAGU